UUGAAUUCCAGAAAGAGAAGGAAUAUCGAGUUUUCCUCACCAAAAUAUCCAAUUCAGACAUUAUUUUUCAUCCCGUUGCCGGUGGACUCAUAGAUUCAGUUAACAUACUGUCAUUUUGCUAAACCCACUCCAGUGAAGUUUAUAAAAACAGGUCAACAAAGAUGCUGAUUAAAGUGAAGACACUCACUGGCAAGGAGAUAGAGAUUGAUAUAGAGCCCACAGAUAAGGUGGAGCGGAUUAAGGAAAGGGUGGAGGAGAAAGAGGGGAUCCCUCCUCAGCAGCAGAGGCUGAUCUACAGUGGAAAACAGAUGAACGAUGAGAAAACAGCAGCAGACUAUAAAAUCCAGGGAGGCUCUGUUCUUCACCUGGUGCUUGCCCUGAGAGGAGGACGUGUGCUCUACCAUCCCAGAAGCUUCUCCUCUGAACCUGCACUGUAGCCGGCACUCCAAAACAUUGCCUUAGCUGUUGCGAUGCCUACACUAAGCAAGUACACUGAAGACACAGCCACCGGUUGCGGAAACACCAGGUGGGAUUGUAGGCAACACAGAACCACUGGUAGAAAUAAUUAGAUCAAGUUUUACUGUGGCAGACACUUCCCUUCAGCCCAAAAGUCUGUCGGCUGGAAACACUCUCCCCACUGUAAUAUUGCCAUGUUGAGGCACUCCACAUGUUAGAGCUGCAUUGGCAGAAAAGAAUACUCAAAAUCUUCAAUCUCAACCCAGAGCUAAUUUGGCUGCUACAGAAAACUAAACUGUUUAAGCCUUUCUUGUGUCUUCAGAGUUUCACAGAGGUUAUUUAUCUUUGUUCCAGUGAUGAUAAAACAGAGGUAACUGUAGUUUAAAGCUGCUUCAGAGAAACCCAUCCCUGAAAGUUGACACAAACUUUAUUUUUUGUGCAAAAACAUGUACGAACAUGUUUCAUUCUCCACAUUUUGCCCCAACUAAUGUUGUGUAAUCACCUAAAGCUGCCGGGUGUGUCAGCGUCUGAAAAGUCAUUCUCUCUUGUGAAGCACUGAUGUAGCUCGUGUAGAUUUGUUAGAGGUGGAUAGCAGCAUAUUUAAAAGUCCACGUUUUGAGAAAAGCACUUUUCAGAUGAGAAGAUUAAUACGACUUUGCUGUCUGCCUGUUCAAAUGUAUGUUAACAGUCAUCAGCCGGUUAACACAACUCAGCAAAAAGACUGGAAGCAGCCUCCUGACGGUGACUCAAUUCACCCAGCGGCACCUCUAAAGCUCACAGAUUAACACGUUAUUUCAUGUUUACUUCAUCUGUACAAAAAAACAACAUUUAAAACAGAAAUGUGUCUAUUUCUGGACUCCAGGCUGCAACCAACAAUCUUGUACAUAACCCACAAUGAAUUGUUGUUUACCUGUGAAUUGUUGGAUUUUGUACUCCUCAACAAACCAGAUGAUCCAGUUAUAAUGUGUUGAAUUGUGAGCUGUGGAGCCCUUUGUAGGGGAAGUGCCAGUUGAGCUUUUUUCAGUCUUUGUGCGAACCUAACCGGCUGCUGGCUGUAGCCUUAACGCUGUGUUGAGCAGACCUGUAUGAGAGGUUACAGACCUUCCUGUCAAACUCCACAAAAGAAAUCAAACUUAUGUAUUUCCUAAAAUGUCAAACUACUCCUGUAAAACGGAAAAGAAUCGGUAAAGAACAUGCUUUGUGAUCUUUGUGUGUCAGGAGAACUAAAUCAUGGAGCACAUAGUUUUUUUUUACACCGGCUUCAUACUGGGUCGGAUGAUGGUUAAUUUCAUUUGUUAAGAAUAAUUCCUUUUCGUGCUGAUUGCAUUCUUCACUGUUGCGAGAACAGUGGCUUCAGUUUACAUGGAUAUUGUUUAGCCUGUUGUUAUAGUCAAAGAAGCUAUGUUUACUUUGGGAUUGCUGUGUCAGCUCCCUUAUUGCCCCCCUCUCCCCUCCCCUCAGUGUGCAGAACUGUGUGAAACUGAUCGAUGCUGUGGAUGAGUUUGUCAGCAGAAUAAACCUAAUGAUGAAAA